AUGUAUUUAAAAACCCUUUAACAAAAAAAAAAAGGUUGAAUGUACUUAAAUUAAAUUACGAGGUGCAAAAGAACGUACCUUCGUAACUGUCGGUGGCUACUUAAGAGACCAACAAAGACUCUUUAUCUCUUUUCAUAUCAAAACUCUCUUCUCAUCUUCUUCCUCAGCAAGGUAAAAACCCUUUGAUCUUCUCUUCAAAUUUUCAAAACUAUAGGUCUCUCUAUCAUUAAAUCUUUUUUGUUUGUGUGUUCAUCAGAGCUAUGCAAGACCAUUACAAAGCUAUACUGGAAGAGAGACUAAAUUAUCUCCUAACAAAAAGAACCGUUUGUUAUGCUGAGCUUGAUACAGGAGGCAAAAGAAUCGAAUGUCCAAAUUGUCACGUUCAAAUUAUUCCUACUCUUGGAAAUUGGAUUUCGGAUAAGUUUCCAUGUAAAAGCUGCAAAGCUAACUUAUGUUUUAGAAACAGCACAGCAAAAACCGCAAGAUGUCCUUGUCGUAAUAUUUCACGUCCUGUGCCAAACAAUCUUAUAAUGCUUGAGUGUGGUGGAUGUCAAGCGAGAGUGGUUCAUCAAAAAAGUGAUAAAACUGUGAAAUGUUCUGAGUGCAAACAUAUCAAUAUUCCAACUGUUGGAAGAACUUAUGGGGUUCGUCCAGAGAACCAAGCUCCUCCGCAAGUUUACCAGAUUGUUCCUCCUCAAGUUAACCAAGAUCUUAACCAGGUUCCUCCUCAAGUUAACCAAGGUUACCGGGUUGUUCCUAUUCCUCAAGUUAACAAGGAUCUUCCUCAAACUUACAAGCUUGUUCCUUGUAACCGUAACGGGGUUGUUUCUCCUCAAGUUAACCAAGAUCCUUCGCACCUUUACCAGGUUGUUCCUCGUGAAGUUAACCAGGUUCCUCCGCAAGUUAACCGGGUUAUUCCUCCUCGAGUUUACCAGCGGAGGAACCAUGGAGCAACUCCUGAAACUGAAUCAACUGCGAGUUCUUCUUUCAAUCCAAGACCUGAGAUCAUUGUAGUUGAAUACCCUGAUGAUACUGUUGCUGAAACUGUGAGGAAUGUUGCAAUCAAGAGAGAAGUUGAAGAAGACAAGACAGAAGAAGCAGGAAGCAAGAAGAUUCGUCUCUAAUCGAUGAAAUAAUUUGCAUCGUUUUUUUGUUGUUUUACACAUUUUGUUUCUUUUAGUUUUCCUCAGUUGAUCAAACUCUCAUGUGGAGAUGUUUUUUCUUUAGUUUUUUUUUCUUUUUUUUUCAUUUUAUUUUAUUUUUGCAGUACUUCUUUUAAAUAAUUUAUGUAGUCAAAACUACUUUGAACAAUUAAAUUACACAGUCAAGAUUCAAGAACCUUAUUCUUGAUUCAACAAUUUGACUUCUUCGUACUUUUGUGAUCUUUUUAAAAAUAACAGUUUAGAAAUGUAAGAAGUAUUAAAUUA